AUGCAUCUUUCUACCCUCCUCCUGCUCAGCGCCUCUCUCGCUUCGGCACAAUACGGCCCAAGCCCAGAGGAACUCGAAUACCUCAAAAACAUCAACGGUGUGGAUAACGACCAGAACCAGAACCAGAACCAGGGCCAGAACCACAACCCCGACCACAAUGGCAACUCCGGCAAUUACGAUGCCGUCUACGACGGCUAUGGAAACCUCCUCUCGAGUCCUCAUACCCCAAUCCAAGCCCCACCAUCAUCGCCAACUUUGAUCUACAGUACGUUCGUGGCGCGCCCUUCUCAGGCAUUUGUUGCUCCGUAUCAGGCCUCGGCGCCUGGGUACGAGUACAAUUACCCAACCCCGGCUGCCUCUCAACCAUUUGCUACGCAGUCGGCUUACCAGGCUCCUGCUCCUGCCCCCCAAGCACCGGAAUCCAACAAAGACCAGUCCCAGUACUGGCCUCGGUCCUAUGAACCCCUCUUCGACUCAGAGGACGAGGACGAGGACGUGUCAGCCGGAGCUUCGGGUGGUAUUGCACCGACCAACCCGUUGAAACCUGAUUCGCAGGUUGCGCAACCUCCGCUGUUCACGAACUCGAAGCAUGGAAAGGAUGAGGGGAAUACUUUCUGUAUGGGGAGGUGUUUUGAGGAUGAGAGUGAGGCGCAGUGUGCGAAGCCUUAUAGUUUAUACCUGGAUAUUGGAUUGUGA